AUGAAGCGUCAAAGGGUCACCGGACCGUCGGAUGAUGGACUCUUGCGGAGAGCUUAUGCGGAUACAAUCAUUCCCCGCGUCAUGGGGGCAGCAGCGAAAACCAAAAAACGCCCCUUCGACCAAAAAGCAUUCAAGAAGGAUGUGAAGCAAUAUUACGGCCUACCAACUCAUCCAAAAGAUCACUCCUUCUGUCAUGUUCUCUGUUUUGCUGUACCCGCCAGUUUUGUCAAGGCCGCUCAUUUGGUACCUAAGUCCUUGAGCGAGCCAGAAGUUUCCCACAUCUUUGGGGUACAAGAUGGCGUCCUCACUGAUCCACGCAAUGGUAGGAAAGCGCUCUCCCAAAGACUUUGGCCGUCCGGCGCAGAGUAUUUACACAAAUAUACUCUCCAAACCCUCGCGCGAUGUGUAUCGGGUUUUGAGCUUCCUGAUGAGUUUGUCGUGGAUAAGACUUUCAAAGAUCCAGUCAAUGAAUCUUGCUGCAUAUAUACCGGUAUGAUUCUUGGGGCCGACAUUAGAGAUACUGCCACGGAUACCCGUGGCGAUGGUGGGAAUGAUGAGUAG